AUGUCAACAGCAGCCGCCAACAACAGUAUCAUCACCACCCGAUUCCCGGCCGUCACCCACGUCAUCUUCGACCUUGACGGAACGCUGAUCGACUCGGAGAAGUUCGUCCACCUGGCGCUGAACGACGUCCUCGCCGGGGAGUACGGCCAGGCGGGCGGCAUCGACCGGGCCCUCCGCUCCAAAACGAUCGGCCUCGACCUGCGCAACAGCGCCCCGGUGAUCAUCGAGCACCUCGGCCUGCCCUGCACCGCCCCCACCUUCAUCGGCCAGGUCCUCGCCCGCUUCAAGCGGCACAUCACCGGCGAGUUCGACGUCGGCGGCGUCGGCGUCCGCCUGCUGCCCGGCGCCAAACGCCUGGUCGCCCACCUCGCCGCCCACCACGUGCCCAUGGCCAUCUGCACGGGCAGCAUGCGCGAGAGCUAUGAGCACAAGGUGAAACUCUUCGACGACUACUUCACGCCGGGCGUCAUCUUCCGCCACGUGGUGGUCGGCGUCGACGACCCCGAGGUGAGCCGCAACAAGCCCCACCCUGAUCCCUAUCUGGUCGCCAUCAAGCGCUUCGGCUCUGAAGAUCAGCCGCCGCCCCCGCCCAGUAAGGUGCUCGCCUUUGAGGACUCCCCGACCGGGCUGACCAGCGCCGUGACCGCCGGCGCGCAGACGGUCUUCGUGCAGGCGAAUCCCAACGUCGACCUGGCCGCCUGCCAGGUGACGCCCACGCUGCGCCUCACCUCCCUGGAGGACUUUAAGCCGGAGGACUUUGGCCUGCCGCCCUACGCCUCGGAGGAGGACUCGAAGGAAUGA